CUGUUUUAAACCAGAAACACGACUAGCCAAUCAGGCCGGUCUCGUAUUGAGCUAGCGCGAGGCUGUGUACAUAGCUUUUAAAGAGAAGACAAUCCAGCCUUGAGCGAGUGCAUACGAAGGAGCAUUACAGGAAUCGGCUGAAAUAAGUCUCCAGAGAAACUUGGUCCCCUGAUCAGAAUGGCCAAAGGUGACCCACGCAAGCCUAAGGGCAGGAUGUCUUCCUAUGCCUUCUUUGUCCAGGUCUGUCGCGAAGAGCACAAGAAGAAGAAUUCUGACAUCCCUAUAAACUUCUCAGAGUUCUCCAAGAAGUGCUCGGGCAGGUGGAAGACUAUGUCGGGGAAGGAGAAGUCCAGGUUCGACGACAUGGCGAAGCAGGACAAGGUGCGCUACGAUCAGGAGAUGAUGACCUACAUGCCUGGGGGGAAGAAGGGGGGCAAGAAGAAGAAGGACCCCAACGCUCCCAAAAGGCCUCCCUCCGGCUUCUUCCUGUUUUCCUCCGAGCAGCGGCCCAAGAUCAAGGCCCAAGACCCCAGCCUGGGAAUUGGGGAUGUGGCUAAGAGGCUGGGUGAGAUGUGGAACAAUCUCACCGACUCCAGUAAGCAGCCAUACCUGAUCAAAGCCAACAAGUUGAAGGACAAAUACAAGAAGGACGUGGAAGAUUACAAGGGCAAAGGCAAAGUAGGCGGGGCAGCGGCAGGCCCCAAGCCCACGAAGAAGCCUGUGCACGAUGAUGACGACGAUGACGACGAGGAAGAUGAAGAGGAAGACGAGGAGGAUGAUGAUGAUGACGAGGAUGAUGAUUAAUUGAUUUGUGUAUUUGGCUUUUUUUGUUUAGUUUUUUUUUUUUGGGAACUCUGUUCCUGGCUGUACUGUGACUGAGGGAGAGUAGCUGUGAGCCAUGGGGUUUGAAGCAAGUAUGCCCUGAGCAAGCUACCUCUCUCUCAUGUCUCCCUGACAACGCGCACCCCCCCCCCCCCCCCCUUGAAUUUUCUACUGGCUGUUAACUGGAAGCAUUUAAAUAAGAGGUAGUGGUUGCAGUAUAUAUGCAAAUGUUUUAUUUUUCCCCUCUUAAAGAAUUGUAAGGUGUUUGACUACAUGGUUCUUAGGUUUUAGUUUGAUCCUCCCCAAUUCUGAGUUUUAUUGCACAGAUCUAGGCUGUAGGCGUGCGAGCCGUGCACCAGUAUUGUCAACUUCAGUCGCAACUUUACUUUCUGUUGGAGAGUCUGGGUAGUGUUUGUGAACAGGAAGAAUUGCAGUCUUUGGAAUCGCUCUGGGUUUGUCCUUCAUCUUUGUCCUGCACUGAUGUGAUCAUGGACACAGCAGGGAUGUAUAUGGUAUAAUUUUCGUAUAAAUAUUAAUUUUUUUUAGCUGUAAUAUCACAUUUGAAGAAUGGAGUUAUGGCCAUUGAUGGAAAUUCUGUACUUAUUUGCACCUGAAUAUUUUUUUUUUUUCUUUUGUAUGUUUAGGAUGCUGCAAGUGAAAUAAACUAUUACAUUUUUACUUUUGUUGUAAAGGUGUGCCAUUUGAUCUGUCCCGUUUUGCUAUUCCUAAUUUAGACCGCUUCAGUAAUUGGCUUCAAUUUUCACCAGCUUCAGGGUGGUUUGACAUCUGGGUGCAACUCGUGAAAGGUAAACAUGUGAGAUGAGUUGACUAUGGUUGUCCAUUUGUACUAUUUUUACAGACGGCUUUAGAGUUUUCCCUCUUCCUACAAUGAGUGGACAUUAAGUCUGGCCAAUGGAGAGCAAGUAUUUCUGUAAAGCUGACCAAUGGGAUGUGGGUUUCUGUUCGGCUGUCAGUGGGGAGCCGGCAUUGCCACAAAGCUGACCAAUAGAUGACUGAUUUCUCCAGACCACCAUUGGGAGUCUAAUGAAAGCAAAGAUAUUUCUGCAUUUCUUUGGCAUGUUAAAAGUAAUGUUGGAAAUGCAAAUGUGCAGCUUCCCCCGUUUUUAUAAUGUAGCCUGUCAUUACUUUAGGCCCCAUGGAAUGACUCAUUUACUACAUGUAAAUGUCUGCAUUGGUAAUAUAAGCUGAUUUUAAGCAGCUCUGCAGCUUAUGCUUUGUGUUUAAAUCCAGAUCCGUUUUAAUUUAAUUGCUUCUAAGCCUAACAGCUUCGCUGCAUAAUUCAGUGGCCGACUCAGCCGAGGCGUCCUGCUCUGGUGAAUAGUAUGGAGUUCAGCAGGGCUCUGUUUUUGGACAUUUUCUUUUCUUUCUGAAUGCUCGCCUUUGGACAGGUCAUUGUGAUGCACAGUGUUUUGCUUUUUCCCUGUUAAAUGUCUUGCCAGUGUCUUUACUAGUAUCCUGUGAUGUCAACAGGCUGUGGAAUUGUGUGUGAAUUUAAACAUUUCCAUUUGCCAUCAUCUUUGUUUUUCCAAACUUACAGAGGAGUAAAAUACUACGGUCAAAUGCUUCUAAAGUUAAUUUUCAUGUAUUUAUAGGUAAUGUAGGCUGUUUCCAUCUAGCAAGGUGCACAAAAACAAAAAUGUUUUCUAAUGACCAAUUUCACUUGAACAGAAACCCUGCUGCUAAAAUGUAACAUUAGUUGCUUUCCAAAGUUGAAUUGGUGCUUCCUGUGUUCCUGGUGGCUCUCUUCCAAAAUGGCUUAACGUUGAUUACUUUAACCCUGAAAGCAGAGGUUGGAGCAGGGCCACCCAACUCAAGAUCUGCUGUUCUGUUUGUUUUCACUCCGACCCUAACAAAGCACGCCUUCAAUAGCUAGAGAUUUUGUUGAGCUGCUAAUUAGUUGAAUCAAGUGUGCCAAACUGGGGUUGAAAUGAAAACCUACAGGAUGGUAGACCUCUGGGAACAGGGUUGGGUGGCCCUGGCUUAGAGAUUUGUGUAACGCACCAUAAUGUUCCCGUUUCAUGUUUUCUCUUUGUGGGAGGAUGCGUGUGGUGACGUGGGGAGAUUGUUUUGAGAGUAACAUCUUAAUCCUUUUUGUUUUUACUUUUUCUGUAUUGUGUUCGAAAUGUUUGUUUUUAAGAAGCUUUGAAUAUGAAAAUAAAUCAGCACGAGUAAUAGAUUCUAUCUGAAAAUAUGGUCAUACAGAAUUUGAAAUGCUGACAGUAAGAGACAGGCUAAAAUGUCAGUCUGUUGUCAGCCUGUGUAUUAGAGGUUUUGGGUGUGAUUGGGAAAUAUUCAAAGACAGCAAUAUGAAGUCUGCCUGAGGAAUUAAUAAAGUGAUUUUAUUUCUCGGCAAAAUUAA